GUUUUGAAAGAAAUGAAAUGUCGGUUCAACUUAACGGAACAAUCGAUUUUAAUUUUAAAUUUUCAACAAAAUCAAAUAUUUGAUUGUUUCAUAAUAAUUUCAUGUGAUAAUAUGGGAAUUGAAGAGGCGUUGAAACCAGCGAAAUGAUUAUUACCUGUUUUAUAUGGAUAAACCUUGUCUUACAAUUUAAAACAAUUAGAUAACUAAUUUCAACUGAAUUACUCUUUGAUCUCAUCAAAUUAUUUAUUGCUUUAUUUUCAUUUGCAUGUGGGAUGUAUUUUUAUUCAACUGUGAACCGUUAAUUGAUUGGUGUAAAUAUUGCAUGACAAUCAAUUGGAUUCAACAAAUCCAGCCUAAAUCAACUUAAUAGUCAAAAUGAAUGAAACUUUAACCAAUAUGUUAACCCAAAAUGUCACCCAUUCUACAUCAAAUGAUACUUCUAAUUUACCCUUAAUUGUAUCAGUGACCAACUCAUGGGAACAUUUUCUUAAACCAAUCUACUCAACAGUUAACUUUAACAAUUUGAUAACUUCACUAGUUGUUACUUUGAUCGGUUAUUUAUUGAUCAAAUUGAUUCCCUUCAUUCGUAUGUUAAUCGUCUUGAAAAGACUACCUCAAAAACCUGGUAAUUGGUUAAUGGGACAUUUAGGUGAUUUACUUCCACCUCCAUUUACUUCUAACAAUCAAUUUGGACAAGGGUUGAAAAGCUGUGUCGAUAAAAUGGAAAGGUUUCUUCAUGGAAAUGGUUUGAUGGUCUUUUGGGUCUCCUGGUUUCCUAUUGUCAUUAUAACAGAUCACAGUAUUUUGCUGAAACUGGCACCGGCAACAAUAGAGAAGGGACCUGGUCCUGAUGUAGCUCGAAGCUUUUUUGGUGAUGGCUUAGUUAUACAAAAUUCAACCAAAUGGAAAGGUCGACGAAAGCUGCUAGCUCCAGGUUAUCAUCAUGCUGCACUGGCUAACUAUCUUCCAACUAUAUCCAAAGUCGCUCAUAAUCGAGUAAAUAUUUUAGUGAACAAGAAUAUAAUUGAUGAACCAGUUGACACAAGAAAGUUCACUCAAGAAACGGGAAUGGAUAUGACAUGUGAAAUUACAUUGGGAAUAGAGAGUGGAACUAAGGGUUCGCCUGGUUGGUCAUACCGAAAAGCCAUAGACGUUGCUCUUGAGAUGAUGUUGAUUAAAGCAGUAAAUCCACUUUAUUGGUUCGACUUUAUAUUUAGGUUCACUAUUGAUGGUAAAAGAUCAAAACAAGCAGCUGAAUACAUCCGAUCGUUUCCUACUUCAUUGAUAAAUGUCAAGAAAACAACUAAUCGAGUGAAUAUAAUUGGCGAGCCAGUUUAUAACCUAAAAGUUCGGUUCAGUUUACUUGAUUGUCUAAUUGAUUUACAUUUAUUAAGUCAGUCAGGCAAGAGUAAUUUCGAGUUUACUGUUAUGGAUGUUCUUGAAGAGACAAAUAGUGCGCUCUUUGCAGGAAAUGAGACUACUGCUGGUUCUAUGGCAUGGACUAUGUUCAAUCUUGCCGCUAAUCCUGAUAUUCAGGAUAAAGUUUAUCAAGAAUUAGUUGAGAAUGGUUUCACUGCAAGGAAUUUAUUGAUUAUUUACUAGAUGAUACAUGUUAUCAAGA